UUCCAAACACGUGGCGCUAGUGUUCUAUCCAUUCUAAACAAGAUUGUCAAAUUGUCAAUCGUGCGGAUUCGUGCGUGAAUGUGGAGUGUUUUGUGUUGUGAGUGAAUGGUGCUUGUGGGUCGUGGAAAAUUAUUGCCUAUUGCUGCUGUUAUGUGGAUAUGUGUACGUAACGUGAGAUAGCUGUGCUGUGAUAGUGGCGGUCUAACUGUGGAAUGGUUCCGGUGUGUCAGCGGUUUGGUUUUAAUUUGAGCGGCUGAGGUGAACACAAGAUGGGGAAGCUACUAUCGAAGAUCUUCGGCAACAAGGAGAUGAGGAUACUCAUGCUGGGGCUCGACGCAGCUGGGAAGACUACUAUUUUAUAUAAACUAAAAUUAGGUCAGUCAGUCACAACGAUACCUACGGUCGGUUUCAACGUGGAAACGGUCACGUAUAAGAACGUCAAAUUCAACGUUUGGGACGUCGGGGGGCAGGACAAGAUACGUCCGCUGUGGAGGCAUUACUAUACAGGCACUCAGGGUCUAAUAUUCGUAGUGGACUGCGCGGACCGUGACCGCAUCGACGAGGCGCGCCAAGAGCUUCACCGGAUUAUUAACGAUCGCGAGAUGCGCGACGCCAUCAUACUCAUCUUCGCCAACAAGCAAGACUUGCCCGACGCAAUGAAGCCCCACGAAAUCCAAGAGAAGCUGGGCCUGACACGUAUCCGUGACCGCAACUGGUACGUGCAGCCGUCGUGCGCCACGACGGGCGACGGGCUGUACGAGGGGCUCACGUGGCUCACCAGCAACCACAAGUUAUGAGCGCAGGAGUAGGCGGCCCGGCUGCCACGAUGAGGAUUUCGAUGCCAUUUAAUUUAAGUACGCUGCCCGUGCCGUCGAAUCUUGUAAUUUCCUAAACCAGUGUCCCGCGCGGGAACACUCAGUGCGGUGCGACAUGUAGGACUGUCCGAAACAGCGAGGACUAUUCAAUUAUUACAUAUACAGAUGUGCAAUGCGGAGUUUUCCAAAAUUUGCAAAAAAAAUUCAUAAUCACUAAAAAUAUUUAAUCAAAGCUGCAUUUCCAUCAGAGAUGCACAAGGACGCGUAGCGAAGGAUGUGUUUGUUAAAAUAAACGAAGUGAUUCUAUUGGUUCUUAACGAACGCAUCCCUCGCUACGCAUUUUCUCGCGCAUUUCUGGCGGAGCACACCCUUAUUCUCUAGCCGCACACAGACCAAAACCUGCCAAGAACAAUGCAAUUUUGAUUUGUAAUAAUAAUUCAAAACACAAUGAAAUGGAAGGCCUUUUUAUAGACCUCUGGGCGGCAUUGUUGGCCGAACGUUAAUUAGAAUUGAUCAUUAACCAUUCCAAAUUGAACCGUAAACUGUAACCGUCCGUUACGGUUUACGGUUCAAUUUGUAAUGGUUAAUUGUCAAUUCUAACUAACGUUCGGCCAACACGACGACGAUGGACGACUAGAGGAUAUGGGAAUCAAAAAUUUCGCAAUUUUAGGUAACCUUGCGAUUGCACAUCAGUGAUUAGAUAGUUUGUGAACUAUUUCACAAAAAAAAUGAGAAAUCAAUUAUUCCAUUAUUUAAUUACAUUAGAAGUUUGUUGUAUCGAUUGAUUUAUUUUUUUGUAUGUUUAUUUAAAUUACUUAGAGUAAAGAUUUUUUAUUAAUUUAAUGUGUACCUCCAAUUUUGUAUGAUAGUAUGGUAGAAAUUCGAAGUUUUUAAUGCAUUAUAGUAAUCAAUUAAAUGUGGGUAUAUGAGAGAACGCAAUAUGUGUAUUACCUAAGUAAUAUCUAUCACGCCUGCGCAAUGAUGCUCGAGAUGUUUUUGUAUCUUGACUGUUAUCCUUUACAGUAUUACAUUCCCUUGUUUCCUAAUAUAAUGAACUAAACAUCAAUCUUCGAACACAACUUUGGCAACAAAACAAAUUAUUUUAUUAAAUAUUUUUAUUUGUUUUAUUUAAGUCGUCAUAAUACUAUAUAUAAAUUAAAAACUGAAAUGGAUGUCAUAUAUUGAAGCAAAAGUGACGGAGCCCUCCAGUUCCCAGCCCAAGGGUUCAAGGCGUUACCCCGGAUAGCUAAAGACGCCGGUUCGAACCUGGCCUUCACCACUGGAAGGCUACGUCACUUUUUUUUUCUAUAUAAGAUACCAAUUUCAGCUUGAUCUUUAAUCUUUCUAUGAAUUUUGACCGAAGAUUGUUUGUUAAUCAAUGUGUAAAGUCCAAUGGCGUUAUUCAUAAACGCGCUGCAAGCCUCAAAUACAUAUUAAUCGUUUGUCUCAAUCUGUCAUUUUGACGUAUGUAUUUGUAAGAUAGGGAUAAGACAUAUAAAUAAUUGAGGCUUGUAAAACUUUAUGAAUAAAGCUUUGGUUUUCUAAGAUAGCGGUGCCGUCUUAUAGCGGCCGUAAUAUUACGGACGCAAAAAGAAUGUUCCGUCAAUCACCGCCCUCUAUAUUUUAACCUAAGAAUUGUAGAAUGAUCCAUAAUAUAUGUUAUCAUCAUUAUUUUGCUAUGGUUUUCUCUUAGUAGUUAUAUACAACUCAUAAUUUACUACUGUGACACACAGGGCAAGUAUUAUAUAUAUUGUAUGAUGAUUUGGAAUGAAAAUUUAUAAUUAUAGCCUAAUUAAUAAGUUGGUGGUAACUACUGGGAUUUACGUUUCGGAAUAUCCGAAAAUCGUUUAUAUGUAAUUAUGACCUAUGUAAAUUUCCCUAUUUAACAUUAAACCUAAAACAGUCAAGGUAUAAACACAAAAUUGUUGUAAAUCAAUGUACAUAUUGAUGUUUUUCACAAUGUAUGUACAUAACGAAUAUUAUCUUAUCAUCUUUUACUUUCAUGUUGGCGUAUUUUGUAUAAAAAGUAACCGGGAACCCUUAGUGUAAGAAUUAUAAAUAAAUUUCUUGGAGAUGAACACUGAAGAAAGCAACGCAUUUUCGUGUAAAUGUAGAUUAGGCUGGUCCAUUUGCCGUAAGUUGUAUAUAAUGCCGUAUGAAAUGAAUGUAAACCGUAGACAAACGAAUACUAAGACACGUAAAUUAUUAUCAAAAUAUUAUAGAGUCCGUAACUAACUGCACACGAGUGUGACGUGACAAAGUGAGGCGGUGUCAUUAUGAACGUUAUAUUUUCAUAGAAAUUUGACAUCCAUGAUGACAUGACCACACUUUGUCAUUGUAUACCGAGUUAGCUAGGUCGUCCCUAACACCAAAACUUUUAGUAUCUGUUUAGCCUGAUUGUUGACUGAUAGAGAAUGUCCUGUGGCGUAAGUCCGCCCUUUGUACUUUUUUUGCUAUGCAAUAAAUAAUAAAUUGUAGCUGCAGUCCUGACAGCUCUAAUAAAUGGCGCUAUACGGCCCUGUACACAUAGUUAAAGAUUAUCAAGUUUUUACAAAACGUAUAAUAGCACCAUCUACUUUACUGUCUUAAUAUUCUUUUGUUUAUGUUGUAAACUAAUAAGCAAUAACGAAAUUAAAAAGUUACUAAAUUAUACUAAUCAUGUUGUGUCUGCUUGAGUUUUGUUUAUAAUUUUUAUAUAUACCAAACAUGGGAAUUAUUGGGGGAUUAUGUUGAAGAAAUAGUGUUGAUAUCAUUGUCAAAACAUAUAUAUAUAUAAUUUCUAGAAUUAAAUAUUUCCGUCAUUUCUUUUUACUAAAAGACACAAACACUAUGGUAAUUUUCACAUAGCUUAGAUACGGUGACAGCUAUCAUGUCCAUACAAUUGACGCGGCACGUAAUCGUGAACCUUGUCGGUACGCAUGAAGGUUGAUAUUGGGCUGUAGCCGCGCGCGUCAUAUGACGUCUUUGGCGGUCAAAAGGUUAAGGCCGUCGCCUAUCUGAAAGAUCUCGCGCGAUCCAACUCCCUCGACCCUCCUUCGUCGUUCUUCACCUUUACAACUUGAAUUUGCACAAGCAAUCAAAUUAUUGCAUCCCUUCGCUCUAUUAACACUCACUCACUUUAAACUUAAAUGAACAGUAUCACUCAAAAGUCAAAAUCGGAUGAUCAAUUGACAGAGAAUAAUUGCGCGCGCGUCGCGUGUCGUGAAAUAUCAGUAGACAUAAUUAAAGAACAAUUACAAAGCUAAAAUAUUGUGUACAUAAAUUUAUUUUUUAUACAACGUUCAAGCAUGCUAUAGCGACGUAAAACGAAAAUAUGUAUUGAGAUGACGGCUGUCACCGUACUUAAGUUAUUUGAUGAAUAUAAUAGUAAAAUCUGGCUUUCUUAGCAAAAUUAGAAUGUUCCUGAUUCUUUUUUUAAUGUUGUUCAAUAUGUGUUCUAUUAAUAUUGUACAGUGUUUAAGUUUAUCAACAUCAUAUUUGUAUAGAUCAAAAUUACUACGUGCCCCAAUAAUUCCCAUGUAUUUUGAGUAUUUUUUUUAGUUGUAACGCGAAGUAUGCUUGUAGCUUUCAAUGUAUCGUUGAGUAAUGUCGGGACCAUCUGAUGUCGAAAACUGGCAAGAUUUCCAUACUCUGCACUCAUAUUUUUUGAUUAUUUGUUUCUUGCCUUAUGAUUAAACACGAAAUCUUACGUUUUAAAAUUAUCAAAAUUACAGGGCUGGGCACAUUCAGCAUCAAACGUAACCGACAUUCAGCGUCAAAAUACAUACUAACUUAACAAAAAAGUCUCUACAUGAAGAACAAUUAAGACUGUUACAGAUACUUUUGAACGCGAACUGUCGAGAAAUGUCACUAUUUGGAAAAGUAUUCCAGCGGUGGCAGCAUGGUUGCAUUUUUAUCGCUUGUCACUAUGCCUGUCACUUUCGCACUUACUCGUUAAAACGUGACAGGCAUAGUGAUAGGCAAUAAAAAUGCAACCGUGCUAUCGCCGAGGGCGACAGUUUUUGCGCGUUGUUAUAUCCGCUACUAUUGAUGCUAAUUGUACCUAUUAUUAAAAUUGAGCUUGGGCAAUAGGGUUUGAAUGUAUAUUAAGGCUGCGUAGGCAAUAUAUCUAGGUGCCUACAGUACUUACAAAUAUCUGAAAACACUACUGUUCAAAUAUUGUGAGUACGACACACAUGUAUUUGUUGAUUCUUUUAACCGAAGAUUGUCGAAGUGUAAAGUUAUAGUGCUACUGAAGGCUUGUAUGUAUUUUUUAUAAAAGUUAAGAACAAGACUGUAUUAUAAAUUGUCUUUGCUUAAGCUCAGGUUUCCUAGGAUGGCGGUGCCGUCAUAUAUCGGCCGUAAUACCGCGGUGAAUGACGUCACUAGACGUUGUCUAUGUGCAAAAUGGCGCGGUUUCCUAGGGGGCAGUGAUUGACAGGAACAUUCUUUUUGCGUCCGUAAUAUUACGGCCGCUAUAUGACGGCACCGCUUUCCUAGGAAGAGCUAGCAGAGCUUUACAUCAAAAAAUAUGAAAAUCUUUUCUCGAUCGUCCUUAACUUUAGAAAAUGGGACACAUAUUCUUACAGUUUUGUUACUACUAUUGUUAUGGUGCGGCCAGACAUGCAGGGAUUCGGCGUGAUGGCUUCUCUUUCGUUUUCCUAGGUUAGAGAGAGACGCCAUCACGAAUAUUCGCCGAAACUCGAUACGUGUGGCCGCACCCUUACUAUUCUGUUUGUAAAACGAUUAUAUGUAAUUAUGCCAGUAACAUCGGUUAAUACUCUGAACUAGUAAUGACAUGACAAUAUUAACAUUGCUUACUUUAGAUGAUUGUGGCCAAAUCUGGAUAAUAUGCACGUUCCUAGAAAAUGGUACUGCCACACGUUACUGCGGUCUAGAUGUUUUAGUAAAUAUGCAUACCUAUAGGUGUCGGCACGAGAGCUAAGGUAAAGAUUACACAUGAACUACAUAGAGUACUUAUUGCAAAAAAAUCAUUAAUCGAUAAAAUUAAUUUGAUUUGAAACUAGUUAGUUAAUCUGGAAACUUGCUAUCGGUGCGAAAAGAACACAACUUUUAAGAAUUCUGUUGUCAUUAUAUGAUGUAAUAGCUUCUUUCCGCGGCUUCGGCUGCGUGGGAUGUUGAUGAUCGAUAUAAGCUAUCGUAUGUUCUUCCCCGCGCCUCAUAACAGUUUUAGACGUGAGCCAAACUCAUCUGAAUCGGUUCAACAUUUUAAUCGCCGUAGUCUGAUAUAUAAGACACAAUAUCCAGCUCAUUUCGCCGCGGUCUGAUAUAUAAGACAAAACUUCGUGUAACUUCGUACCAGCGGAGACACAAUGAAAAAAUCUAAGCGGUUAAAAUGUAAUAAACAGACAGAGUUAUUUCGCAUUGUAUAAUAUUAAUAGGGAUUGUUGUGUGCGUGACAUAAACUCUGGUGCCGAAACCUAUACUAAAGAGUAAUUUUAAUGUAGUGCAAAAGUCAAUGAAAACAGUAUGAAAAUUGCAUGUUCAUGCCAGAUUACCGUAAUUCUCAUUUUGGUUCUGUUAUGGGAAAUAUUGUAAAUUGAUAUUUAAUUACGAUUUCCGUUGACUUGGGCACUAUUAGAACUCUGAAUAAUCCAAUUAGGUCAAAUGUCACGUAAAAACAUUACCGUAUAACAAAUGUACACAAAAUGUUUCGCUUUAAAGAAAAGUGCAAUUAAAUUAGUAAUUGUAAUGCACUUGUGAUGUAUAAAUUGAGUUUAAUAUAAAAUUAUUUAGUUUAAAUUUGAACCGAAUAGCAUUGGUGCGUUAUACUGGGAAGCGAAAGUGUGGGUACGAAUACAGUUUGCUGUAUAAUAUUGUAGAAAGUUAUUCAAUAUAAAUUCACACUUGAA